AUGACUUUACAGGGACAGGAGGGUCAACCACCACUGCCACCGUUCGCCUUCAUCACACCCUCCAAACUGCCCAUUGAUCUGCGAAUCUACGACAACGAACUGCUGGAGCGCUGCUUAGUUGUGAUCAACCAGCUGCGACAAGAGGUCCACGAUAAUUGGUUUGAAGAAUUCAAAAAUAACCUCUAUAUUAGUCUUAAACGUGCUGGGAAGCCAAAUGCGGAGAUCAAAGACAUCAUCUGCGCUCGCGGGCUGAGGGAGUACGCGAAACGGCUUUUCAAGGCGAUGAAGGAGAACGAAGCCCUUCACGCAAUAAAUCCGACCAUUGCUCAAGCCCUAAUCCAGGAGGCUACCUUCAGCCUCGCAGUGAUGGAGUCGAAAGCGAGUCUCUGCGACUCUUGGCUGGCCCACAAGGCCACUACUGAGGAGCUCAUGAAACGGACUCACCCCAUCCUCUGGGGCAUUCCACAGUGGCGGAAGGAACAAAUGGCAAAGGCCAAGACAGCAUUUAUGCGGGCACAUCGAUUUGACGUUCAUAGGUCGGUGAUUGAAAAGUGUAAGCAGUUGGGCCUUCAUCAACAUGGGUACUUUGUCAAACGUGAUUUGCUCUUCCUCACUGAGAGAGAGAGUCGAAUACGGGCAGAGUUGAUUAAAACGUCAAUGAGCCCGGACAAUCGUUUCACGCACAAGGUGUCCUGCAAACUGAUGCGUCACUGGCGCGUCUAUCGCCGAGACACCAUCUUUCCACACCACCAAGAGCGCGUGGACGGCGUCCUUCUCCUUCGCUGCCGACCUGAUGGUUCAGCGACUGAAGCUGGCUCGCCACCGGAUCCUGAACAUUCCUCCCCCCUACUGCGGAGUAGCAGCUUUGACAACUACAACAUUCCGGAAUAUGGUGUGGUUAAACACUGGGUGUUCAAAUCCUCGACCCGUUAUGCAUUUUGGCGGUGGCACGCCUUCUUCGUUGCUACUCUCGUUCUUCUUAUCCGCUCGUCUCAGCUCUUCUUGGGCUACAUUUAUUACACAAACGAAAAGCAAUGUCCGACCCUUCGGAGUCGACUUACUGAACUGUGGACAUCAGCACAAACUGCCGCGGAAGCGGAUCGGGGCUCAGCGCCUGCCCUUCACCGUUUCUGCAUCUUCUUCAGCACCGCUGUGCUCUCCAUCUUUCUUGCCUUGCUGAUGCCACCCAUCUGCAUAGUUCUAUCCACAAUGUCCAUAGGCAUCGGUCUUCUAGCCUUCUUGCUAAUUCCCACUCUCAGUCUCGUGUUUCACCUGCUCUGUGUCAUUCUAUGGGAUUUCUAUAAACCAGCAACACACCCUAAUAGCCUGCUUCCAAUCCUCGAGGCUUUCAUCUGGCACCUGACAAUUCGGUGCCUUCUCCAGCUUGUCGCAGCCCUACUAUGUGGCCUUCUCCUCUACCCCCUUCUCUCCCUGAUAGUCGCCUCCUUUGGUUUCUUGCGUUGGUUCCUGCGCUCGGUAUGGGACGCUGUGACUUAUCAAACUUGCCUGAAGUUUUGCAUUCGCAUUCCCGCUCAUGACAACUACAUCCUCCAACGGCGCGCAGGACCCGGUCUCUCUCCAAUGCAUUUCUACAAGGCUCGGUUAGCCGACGUCUGUGCCAUUUUAGCGGGCCAAUUGGAGUCCGUGGAAUUGGAGGAAUGGAGAGCACAAAUGGAAGAGAUCGCGCGUGAACCCAUCAAGGCCUACAACUCACUGGCGGAGAGUCUGGCGUGGCUUUCGCUGUCUCCUGUGGAAAAAGGAAUUUUUUGCCAGUUGCGUGGGCAAACCAAGGCCUGGAUCGAGGAUAUUCAUCUGAGGGUGAAGCAACGAAGGGAAGCACUUCAACCCAAUUUUCCUCGAUGCCAAGCCAAUCGAAUCAAGCUCUCUGCCAGCGAUCUUCAGAAAUUUACCAUUGUUGGAGCCGCGCAAACGCAGAGGUUUUAUGAAACUCGAAUUCUCCCCAGAUUGCAAUUGCUAAAUCGCAAUCCUGAAGAAUGGUGGUCGUGUCGGGGUCUACGAACAGACGACUUUUCCGGACUUUGCAUGAGGCUAGUGAAAAAUGUUCUGGGUGAACAAUUCCUAACGAGCCUAAAAGAGACGGACACGGUAUUUCCAUUGCAUGUCCGCCAAAAAGGCAUUGUCAGCAGAUUCGCCCAAGUUGUACCACCGACUCCGUUCAUACCACGUCGACCUCCAACGACCACCGGAGCCUGUACUGCAGAAACUGCUGAAAAAGUUGCCACUCUGAGGUCUGGAAAACAUGGAAAGCCAACAGCCGACGUGGUGCGCCGUUCUCUUCCCUCCUCUUUUGUAAAAAAGUCAAGAGAAGGGGUUGAUGAAGGUCGCAAAUGCCGCUCCUACCCACCGAUAAAUAGUGCGUCUGAUCAUCAUCAGUGUGGUUAUAACCUUAAGGAGCAGCCGUCAAUCGAUGUGGACUUAGAUGACAGUGAGGUGGAAAGCUCGUCGGGCAACUCGAAGCGCCAGACAGUGGUCCUGGCCAAAGGAAAACAUGAUGAAACGGCCCAAGAGGCGAAUGGGUUAGAGACAGAGACGGAACCAGGGAAUGAGGACAGUAUAUCAAUUGAAUCUAUGGUUUUCAUUCACAUUGAACUUCCGCUCUUCCCUCUCUCCGCUUUCGUACCAAAGGCGCUACAGGAGGCUGCUGCGGCUAGGAAUAACAGAAUCCCAGACAAAUUUGACGCAGGAAGCGGUUGUCGUGCACACGUCCCUGCUUCUACGAACGGCUGCAGAGCUCCAGCAAAGUUAUUAAAAACUCCGGGGGCGACGUUUCCCACCUCCGCUGGUGACAGUGCCCAAAACAUUGGGGGAAUCGGAACGCUGCUGAAGGCGGAGGAAGUGGAGGGCAUUCCUGCCGUGGGGACAUUACCACUCACUGCAUCGCCUCCGCCUGCUUCGGAGGUUAAACGAGCACCAUUUGAGCGUCGUUGCAGAGACGCCUUGUGGGCGUGUGUGAUCCGCACGAUGACCCGAAAGUGGAGACUUAAUAAAUUUACCCAAGUCCAACGCGAGCUGGCAUUCAGCAGUGUGAUUGAGAAUAUUGGCCGGCUAAUACAUCCGGUGGAGAUUGUUUUGAACAUGCACUCACGCAUCCUAGAGGAGCGCAAAAUAAAUCGAGAGCAUCCCAUAUUGGCUGGAUAUAUUGCUGAGUUAACUGCCUUCCCACCGACACAUCUCGCACCGCCCCUGAAAUCCGCAACCAGUCCCAUCAACCCAUUGCAACAGCAGUUCCACACUCUGGAGUUUGCAGCUACGCAUGCAGCGCCCAUUCGUCGUCACUUUUCGUUGCGUCAUGAGCCCCAGAUGUUGCACUCGUUGGAGACGUCUCUUGACCGACCGUUGGAGGGCGAAUCGUCACGGCAUCAACUGCGGGACUGGGAUGAUUUUAAUCUUGCUUCUUGGUGGGACGUGGAGUCACGACGGGGACGAGACUACUUGGAGAUGCGCGAGUCAGCCGUAGACUUCUUCACCGCAGUGACAGAUACUACAACUUCGGUGUACGAGGAGACGGAGGAUUUAGAUGAAGAGGACGAUGUGGAGGGAGAGGCGGCGGAGCUGGACUCCCUGUUGGAGUGUGCGGCGGUGAUACCGAAAAUGGCCAUUGCGAAUGAGGAGGACAGCCCAUUCGGUCGGUUGCGGGGAUUGGAAUGUUUCCAACUGGUCAGUAUCAACGGAAAAGCGACAAAGAAUGAAACAGUUGAAAGCACCAGCGCUAUCCAGAUGCCGCAGGCCAAGCCACCCACCCUGAUGGUUACGAGUGCCAGCUCCACCAGCAGGUGGCCAUUGCAUCGUCCGCACUCUUCGUCAAGCCUGGCUGUAGCACCAGAUGGAGGCGAUGGAGCCGAUUUCGGUCACACAAAUCCCAGAGGCUCCGUGAGGAGCGUUGGACAGAGCAUUCCCAACCAGUCUACCGAUCCACAUCGCUCUUAA